AAAAUAGCAAAUUGGUAACACUGAAGUAUACACCAUAACUGUAAGACACGUAUGUGUUGUAAAACUGUCCUGUCAGUUGAGUUACUCUCGUAAUUAUCAUUCGAAGUUUUCUUAAAUCCAACGUGGCAAGAUCGAAUAGACCAUGGGGCUAACGAUUUCUAACGCUUUGAAUCGCCUUUUUGGAAAGAAGCAAAUGCGGAUUUUGAUGGUCGGUUUGGAUGCUGCCGGUAAAACAACGAUAUUGUACAAAUUAAAACUCGGCGAGAUCGUUACUACUAUUCCAACGAUUGGGUUCAACGUUGAAACUGUCGAGUACAAAAAUAUUUGCUUUACUGUUUGGGACGUGGGCGGCCAAGGAAAAAUUCGUCCUUUAUGGAGACAUUACUUCCAAAACACCCAGGGACUUAUUUUUGUCGUCGAUUCUAACGAUCGAGAAAGAAUCAGUGAAGCUGAAAAAGAACUACAAAACAUGUUGCAAGAAGAUGAAUUGCGAGACGCUGUUUUGUUAGUAUUUGCUAAUAAACAAGAUUUACCCAAUGCUAUGACAGCUGCUGAACUCACAGAUAAAUUGAAUUUGAAUCAAAUACGAAACCGCCAUUGGUUUAUACAAGCAACUUGCGCGAGUCAAGGACAAGGAUUGUAUGAAGGUUUAGAUUGGUUAUCCUACGAACUAGCUAAGAAAUGAGAUACUGUUUCGUUUGAUUGUAACAUUAAGGUGAAGUGGGGAUUACUAAAAACAUUCAGAUCGAAAUGGGGGCGGCGCGCUAAAUCUUCAAGUGCUAGCGCCCUUCCGUUAGGUGCCAGCAAGACACGCCUUAACCCUUUGAUUAUUAUUAUUUUUCUUUUUGGUGAUACCCACCUUAUUUAUAAUAUAUUUUCCGCAUUUAAUAUUAAGGAUUUACUUAUUCACUUGUUAUUAGUAUUUUCGAUUUUUGUGAUUUAUAUAAGUGACUGAUUAAAAAAUGUCCACCAAAA